AAGGAGGAGGACUGGCGUAGGUCAUGCUCAUUGACAGUCAAUGGUCAUGCUGCUUCAGACAUGUCGGUGUUUUUCCCCACUGUGCUGCUCUGUGUCUACGGCUUCUUUACCAGCCUGCGGCCGUGCGAGCCCUUCCUCACCGCCUACCUGAUGGGACCAGACAAGAACCUGACGGAGACUCAGGUUGUCAAUGAAAUCUUUCCAGUAUGGACGUAUUCCUAUCUGUUCCUGCUGUUCCCCAUCUUCCUGGCCACUGACUUCCUCUGUUAUAAGCCGGUGUUGGUGCUGCAGGCCAGCAGCUUAGUGGUCACCUAUGUCAUGCUGUGGAGGGCACAGGGCCUGCUGGCCAUGCAGCUGGUGGAGUUCUUCUUCGGUCUGUCCACAGCUUCAGAGGUGGCCUACUAUUCCUACAUCUACAGCGUGGUGGAGCCGGAGCACUACCAGAGAGUGACUGCUUACUGCCGCAGCGUGACUUUGUUCGGAUCGGCGGCUGGAUCUUUGACCGGUCAGUUGCUGGUAUCCGUGGCCGAAGUCGACAUGGUCUACCUCGUCAUCAUUACACUGGCGUCGGCCUCUGUGGCUUUUCUGGUGCCCUGCUUUCUCCCCAUGCCCAAGAGGAGCUUGUUCUUCCACAGGCGUGCAGGAGCAGAGGAGGCUAGGCCCCGCAGCAGCAGCAGAACCGCCACCAGGAUGGAGAAGGCGGAGGAUUCGGACAGCAGGGUGCCUCUGAACAGGCCGGAUAUCUCCAGGGCAUCCAGGUCCUCCGAGGCAGGAAGUGGCAGCAGGGGGCUCGUGGCGGUCCUGCGGAUGCUGUUUGAUGACUUUGUGCAGUGCUACAGGUGUCGCACCCUGCUGGCCUGGUCGCUGUGGUGGGCUCUGGCCACCUGUGGCUACUUCCAGAUCAUCAACUAUUCUCAGCCGCUGUGGGAGCACAUUUUUGUCAUGAACACGGGAAACAUCUGGCUGUCAUACAGCUUCUACGUUCUCUUUAGAACCACUUACAUGCUGCUCAUCACUGUGGCCACGUAUCAGGUCGCGGCCAGCCUGAACAUGCAGCGGUAUGCGCUGGUGUUUGGAGUGAACUCCUUCGUGGCUCUGCUGCUGCAGUCUCUGCUCACGCUGGUGGUGGUGGACUCGUCUGUCCUGGGCCUUAAAGUCUUCACUCAGUUCUUCAUCUACGGUGCCUACUUUGCUGUCAUUUCUGCGAUCUUCCUCUUUGCUGGGCUGUAUAAACUGGCCUCUAGGCGGCACUCGGAGCAGAAGGCUCUGCCCGGCAGCCGAGCGCAAUCGGAGACGGACUCUCCACCGACCGGUGGCACAGACUCCAGGACAUGUGUCUGUGAAGGUUCUCAGUCAUCCAGCUCAUCGUAGUCGAAGGAGCUUGCAAAGAAAAGCGUCUGGACUUCUUUAAGUUGCUUGAAGACGUUUCACCUUCAUCCCAGAAGCUUCAAAGAAGUCCAGACGCUUUUCUUUCCAAGCUCCUUCGACUCCAGGACACACCACAGCGAUUAGAGCCUCACACGCAGGCGUGUGGAUCCACAGGCUGAGCUCAGUAAUGUCCACUCACUUUUUUAUGUGACUGUAAGUAGAUGUCAGCCUGCCUGCACUCACCUCGCACAAUGACUUAUCACUGAAGAGCUCUGACAAGCAGACACAGCUGAUGAGCUGUGAAAUAUCUAUACGAGCAUAUCUCACAGGUCCAUUUAUACCUGUGAGGUACGUUCUUCUUUGGUGGGUCGACCAUCAAAGAAGUUAGCCAUGUUCGCCAGUCUGGCUUUAAUAGCUGAUGUUUGUUCCUGUAAAUGUACAAUAACACAGGCUGCUGCUUAGACUUGAUAUAACUGCUGAACAAUCAGUAGCAAUGGUUGUUAGCCCUCCUCCCUCUGUGCUGCAGAGCAAGUAUUAGAUGUGUUUGUGUUUCCUCUGGUAACUGCACACGUCACUGACAUGUCCACACAGUGCAACGAAACUGUCAUCAGAAUCAAUGUUCACCUGCAAACUAAGAUGUGAGGGAUGUUAGGAAGCCUGUGAAAAGGUCAGAACCUGCUGAUGACGAGACAAGUCCCACAGGACACAGUGUCUCCCUGUCUGUGGCUCUGAGGUCUGAUUGGUUGGCACAAAUUUCUAACAAAUCAAAUUUGAGAAUUUUUAUAUUGCAUCUGUGUGUGUGUGUGUGUGUGUGUGUGUGUGUGUGUGUGUGUUUAGAUGUCUUUGUGGGGACCAUAAAUUGGAAGUUUGUUAUACUUGUGGGAACCAAAAUCCCCACAAGUUUGACGACAUUUUUCACAAAAGUGGUUUUAGUGUGAGUGUUACAGUUCGUUGUGGUUGGGUAUUUAGGAGUUAUGACUCAGUUUUUCCUUAACACUUAGGCGCACCGUCCUGGGGAUCGGCUGCAGCAUCCUGAUUCCCACUGGUUCUUCCUCCUCCUGUUAGCAUGCUCCUCUUCUUCUUCGUUGUUUCUUAUGAAUGCCAUUCUUAUAUAUUGCUGAUAUUUUCCAUCACCCCCAUUUUUUUCCAUAUAAGACCUGCUGUGGUCUCCAAUCAAAGUAUGUUACAACAAACAGUCAAAUCUCACCUGCUGAUAUUCUACCUUUAUUUUUCUAUUUUCUCCUCGAAAGUCAGGUCACCCAACACCACUCUGGGGGGGUUCAGCCUCCAGGGGAUCAUUUCUAUAGUGUUAAUUUGACUUUUUCAUAUCAACAAUUUUAAGACCAUGCAACUAGUAAAUCACCAGAAAUGACAACAUGCGAUUAGUAUUCAUAACUGUAUUUGUCAAUCCCAUGCUGCCAUGCAGUUUCCGUGGAGAAAGCCUGUGUUUACUUUCUAUCACUUAUGCUGACCUUUAACCUUUAUUUAUUUAUUUUUUUGGGGUGACAUUCAACAAGUCUGUUCAGGGCUCUCUUCGUGUUUAUUUCCAGUCUCUCAUGGAGCACUUAGAGUAUGUUUUUCUCACAGGCCUUCGGUCCAUUUUGCUUUUGAAGCUUUCUUUAUUUUUCGUUUCACACUCUUCCUUUGGUUCCAUGGUUGGUUAAUAAUCUCCCCGACAUCAUCCUGUAGAUGUAACCUGGACCUGUAUUUGAAUCAAAACAAAGAUCGAAAACAGACACCCAAUCGUAGCUCUUGUAGUAUCACCGCAGGUCGCUCCCCCCCCUCUCCUUUUGGGUCCUGAUGGAUUCAUAAUAUCACAUAUUCAUUAUAUUUUCAGACUUUACAACACCUUAGGCAACCAAACACGAGACAACUACAAACACACUCAACCCAAAUAUGAUGUCCUGUAAACCAAGGAGAAAGUCCAGUCCGCUUCUCACGCAGGUACAUUAAGGCCUAACGGAGCAUUCAGUCUCUAUCCACCCCUCUCCAUCCUUUUCCACUGACCGACCAACCAACCAGGAUUCGCCUGCAAUCCCAUGAUUACCGAAGCCCCCUCUGGAUGCUCCUUAGAAUGAGGGGCCACUAAACUACGCGGUGUUAAAUCUUCCCAAUUCUUUUGAUCUUUGGGCUGAAGGAAGGACAAUACUCGGUGUAUAAAUGCUCAAUCAACAAUCCUUUACUCCAUACAAGUCAACACUUUAAGAGCAUAAACCAUCCGGACAUGCAUGCAGAGGGUCACAGCAAAUCUCAAACUGGUGGAGGGUUACUCAAACUCUUCUAGCCUCUGGUGGCCCCCACCUAGUCGUAAAAACCCAAACAUUCACAUUCUUUCUAACUCCUAGCGAGCCUGACUUCUGGCCUUGGCUCCCUGUUGUGUCUGCCUUCAACAACGGUGGGGGUGAUGUGCUCUCUGUCUCCUCUGCUAUCAGAACAGCAAGGUCCUGACUCUGAAAACAGGAUUUCUUAUGACUCAGCAUUAUAAACAAUAUCCUUCAUUCACACUGAAUCAGCCGUCUAAUGUAAUACAACUCAGUCUAAUAACUGUAAUAGUUUCACCUUCUAAUUCAGGAGGAUAAUACAAACUAAAACUACAUAAUAAUUUCACCAUCUUUAAUCAGGGGCAUAACGUGGCAUAAGAUAAUAUUAUAAUCCCACACUGUUUUCCAACUGCACCUCAGAUUGGAUCGAAUUUGGGAUGCGUUUGUAAUAUUUUUAUUUCCCCGAUUGCCUUUGAGCUUCCAACCUGUACUGCUGCUUAUUGUAUUAAUUACAAUUUUAGAGCCUUUUCCGCCUUUCCUUUGGCUUGGAUGACUGUGUGUGUCUGUGUGCGUGUGUGUGUGUGCUGACGAGCAGACUGUGAGAUGGAGAAACUAAAUAUUCAGUCCAGAGCAGCUGAUCGAUUAGUUCACCCUGAGUGGAGCUUGUGGUUGAGCAGAGAGUAGUUCAGCAGAGACUGGAGGUAAACAUUUGAAUCCAGCAGAUCAGAUGUUUCAUUGUCGAUCUGCUUCACAUUUAAACUAAACACAUGUAUUGAAAACUUAUCUCACUAUCAUCCAUCAGCACUUGGACUGUUUUUGGAGAUGAGCAUUUAUUUUGUGUCAGUGUGACUGAUUAUACCAGACGUGUGUGCCUUCAUACAGAUGAUUGACACGAGAUGUUUGAGUACAGAGGAGCUGGCUGACCUGAUGGCUGCCUUUUUACCCACUGAAUGAAAUCAUCACAGAGACUAUAGAUUUCCACCAGCCCAGGCUUUGAAACACAUUCCUGCUGCUUUGGAUCUGAGAGUUACUGACAGGAAAGAAGAGUGUCCUCCAACAGCAGAAAGUUUUGUCUAAAUGUGGCCAUUAAAUUUUGUUGCACCAACCAAAAUGAAUCGUGAGCAAAUCAAUACAUAAGACAUAAAAGCCCGGGUGACACCCUGCUCUUCCAAGGCUGUCUGCAGUAGCUGUGAGCAGAUACAGCAAGCAAACACUGCUGCUUCCACAGGCAGCUGUGUGCUGUAACUCAAGCUCACACGUUAAAUUAAUAUUCAUUCCACUGCUUUGGUGUUGGGGGGGUAUAAAUGUGGAUGGACAUUAUAAAGGAUUUAUGUAUUUAUUUUUUUUAACUAUGAAAUAAUUUGAAACGUUGCAGUUACUCUGUCGUGCAGACGAGUAGAGAACACGUCUACAUCACAGACGACAAACCGGAGGAGCCAAUCA